AUGUUUGAGGCACGUUUAAUACAAAGUGCAAUCUUGAAGAAGGUAUUGGAUGCUGUAAAGGAUCUUUUAACCGAAGCAACGUUCGAAUGUUCCGACUCGGGCAUUCAAGUUCAGGCAAUGGACAAUGCUCACGUUUCGUUGGUCUCCUUAAAUCUCAGAAGCGAUGGUUUCGACAAGUAUCGUUGUGAUCGGAACCUUUCAAUGGGCAUGAGUAUUAGUUGUAUGUCAAAAAUUCUACGAUGUGCUGGUGCGGAAGAUACGGUAACCCUUAGAGCAUGGGAUAAUCCAGAAUCUGUUAUUUUUAUAUUUGAAUCGCCAAAUAAGGAGAAGCUUGCUGAGUAUGAAAUGAAGCUGAUUAAUAUGGAUCAAGAGCACCUUGGCAUUCCUGAAACCUCAUACUCAUGUGUGGUCAAAAUGCCAUCUGGAGAAUUUACACGCAUAUGCAGAGAUCUGAGUCAAUUUGGAGAAUCCAUAACUUUUGCUUGUACUAAGGAAGGUAUAAAAUUCAGCGCCUCUGGUGAUUAUGGUUCAGCUAAUAUCAAAUUAGCGCAGACUGCGGAUGCGGAUAAUGAAGAGGAAGCAGUAAUAAUUAAUAUGCAAGAGCCAGUAAAAUUAACAUUUGCUUGUCGUUAUUUGAAUUGCUUCGUGAAAGCCGGUCCUCUAUGUAAUCAAGUUCAACUGUCUAUGUCUGAUGAUGUUCCUCUGGUAUGUGAAUAUAAGAUCGGCGAUAUUGGACACAUCAGGUAUUAUCUGGCACCCAAAAUCGACGACGAGGAAGAAAAUUAAAAUAGCGCAAAGCGUAAAUUGAUACACCGAUAAGUUAAAAAGAGAUUAAUUGGCUUGACACUGUAAUUGCGAGAAUAUAACGCUAGACAUAUAUAUUUUGGUAAAUAACAAAAAUUAAGUGUCCCGAUAUGUUUAUAUUUGAGGUACAAGUAAGGCAAAGUUAAAAAGAGUACUUUUAAGGUAAUAUAUUAUUUUAAUUUUACAUUUAAAAGUCAUUUGGCUCGUCACAGUGCUAGCGCAAUGCAGAAUUGACACUAAAAUUCAUAGGUAGAGUGACACAAUGAUUAAUAUAGCAAAAUGGUGUCAUCCUCUUAAUCAAUAUUCACAUUAUUACUGUUAUGUUCCAGAGACUGUGACAGUAUUUUGAUAAUAUCGCAUCAUUUUUUUUUUUAUAUAUAAGAAGAACUCAAUAUAUUUCCAAAAAAUUU